AUGUUACCUAGCCUCGCCCCCAAUGAAACUGCCAUUCUUGCCUUCAGCAAUGAUUGGGUCUCGGAAGUUGCUACGCUUUCGUCGCAUACAGUUCAUGUCCCCUCGAACGUCUUGGGGUAUAACGUCACUGCUGCUGGAAGUUUGGCCGUGCAUGCCAAAACUGGAUCACUUCCAAGUGACCAUCUCUUGAAACUCUCCAACGGCAAGACAUUCAACAUCUCGGCAAACACGGCUUUGUCUUCGUUUUCUUUGAAUAGUUGGAAGCUGGUUGCCGAGCAUUGGGAGGCUCCACACAUGUCAGUCGCGACGAUCGUAGCUGAAAAGCACAACACGACACAUCAUUUCAACUCUUUGGUAUCUUGGCUAGACAUCCCUGGGUUGCAAAACGCAUCAGGCGUCGGGUAUUACUCGACACAAUUCUCAUGGCCUCCAACUACUUCAAACAGCACUGGGUCGAUUGACGGGGCGUACAUCUAG